AUGCGUUCGAUGAAGCAGUUUUCCAGAGGCAUCCAUACGGUGCCGAAACUGGUCAACCACCAGAGAUGGGCCCAGGAAGGUAUUUCUGGCCUGAUGUCGCCAAAACAAUACAGAACCAGCUGGACAGAUUACCAAAAAUAUCUCACCACCAAUCUGACCUUCAAAACUAUUGGAACUGAACAUGAGACUAGAACGCCGCUGGCCAUCACGCUGAUGACAGCUAAGAAACCAGAACAAGGUCCGUUGUUUCAUUACGCCUCGCAAUGUCACAACAAUCACCUUUUCUUUGAGCAACUGCAGGACUCUACAACCAAUCCCCCGGCACUCAAAUCGCGACUCCAAAGACACAUAAACAAUGUGUUCGGAUCGUUUGACAACUUGCGCAGUGAGUUCCUUUACGCUGCUGAUACACUGCCUGGUAACGGAUGGGUUUUCUUGGUCGAAACAAAAGACAAGAGCGUUAAAAUUAUCACCUGCAACAAUGAUGGUACUCCAUACAUAUACAGCAGAAACCAGUCAACAGAUCUGAACGGAGCCAUUAGCAUCAGCGACUUCGAGACGCUAGUCUCCAACAAAGAUAAGCUUAACAAGAAUGUCAAGGACUUCACCGUUCCUCUGCUCGUUUGCAAUGUCUGGGAACAUGCAUACAUUGAGGACUAUGGAGUCAACGGCAAGGCCGACUAUCUCGAGAACUUCUGGAACUGCAUAAACUGGGAGGUCGUGAACAACAGAUUGUUUGUUAACAUCGGCCUUUAA